GUACGCAGAUGGUGACGGUUCUCUGAGGGAGAUUUAAGAACAGUUAAAAUCGUGACUUUCGAGGGUUGGUAAGGAAAAAUUUGUGAGUAAAUUUGGUCGCCUCGCCCUACCGGGUGUAGACGCGUCCAGGAAAAGCGGAAAAAGUGUCUUCUUCAGGGGUUCAAUUAGAUACUAUGGCGAACUUGAGGCAAACCCCACUGACAUGUAGUGGACACACGAGACCCGUGGUGCAUCUUGCAUUUUCCGACGUCACGGAAUCAGGAUAUUAUUUGAUUUCUGCAUGCAAAGAUGGCAAACCCAUGUUACGACAAGGAGACACUGGAGAUUGGAUCGGAACAUUUGAGGGUCACAAAGGUGCAGUAUGGGGCGUUGCGUUAAACCCUGACGCAACAAGAGCUGCCUCAGGAGCUGCCGAUUUUAACGCUAAAGUCUGGGAUGCAAUCAAGGGAGAAGAAAUUUAUUCGUUCCAACACAAACACAUAGUAAAGUCUGUUAAUUUUAGCACUGAUUCUAAUUAUCUGUGUACCGGUUCUAAUGAAAAGUUGGUACGAAUAUAUGAUCUCAAUAAACCAAAAGCAGCUCCACAGGUUUUCUCAGGUCAUAAAAGUGGUAUAAGAUACGUUACAUUCUUCAAUAAUAAUACUCAGUUGAUAACUUGUGCCGAUGAUAAGACACUAAGAGUGUGGGACAGGAACAGUGGACAGGAGAUAAAGAGGCUAGAUUUUCCAGCUAUUCCAAACUCCAUGGAAGUGUCCAAGGAUGGAAACAUAAUCACGACUACUCAUUCUAAUGUAGUCACCUUUUGGAACAGUAAAGAGCUUACCAAAUUACGCGAAUACGUUGUACCGACUCAGAUAAACAGUGCCAGCCUGCAUCCAGACUGUAGUAUCUUUGUAUGCGGUGGAGAAGACCUGAAAAUGUACAAGUUUGACUACAGUACUGGUGCAGAGAUCGAAUCAUUUAAAGGACACUUCGGACCAAUCCAUUGCGUGCGUUUUUCACCAGACGGUGAACUGUACGCAAGCGGCUCAGAGGAUGGUACCCUAAGAUUAUGGCAAACGACUGUCGGUAAAACUUACGGUCUCUGGCGGUGCGUAGAACAGACACCUGCGAUGCAGGAAAACGCCGCUGUGCUGAACAAUAAACAAGAAGUUCCUGCCAGUUAAAUGUCGAACGAUUCACGGACAGUGUAAAAUACUUCCAAGAAGAACAAAUGCUUUGUGAGUAGAAGCGAGACGAGACAGCUAUGAAGAAAUUUCUACGACAUAUUCACUAGCCGCUGGUUGUCGGAUGCUUUGUAAAUACGGGAUCUCUUGAGUUCCACCUCAGAUCAUGCUGUCGAUCGUGAUAUUAAACAGCGGACCAAACUUCACGGUAGUAUGAUUGGUCGCGGAAGCGUGGGACGUUCGCUAUUUAUUAC